GCCCGGGACGCGACGGAUGGCAAGAUGGACUGGGCCGCGGCCGCCUCUGAACCUGUUUGCUUGACUCGCCUCGUCUUCUCUGUUGCAGGACACCCGCCAGCACACUCGCCAGCACACCCGUAGCGGGACACCCGCCUGACCCCUCCGGGACCACCCAAUGGCCUGAUGGCGGCCGAGCGCAGCCUCCGGGGCCGGAGUCGCAGCCGGAGGCGGAGUCGUCGGGAGGGUGCAGAAUGACAUCAUGAAGGGCAGCGUGGCGGUCCGGAGGGCUUCGGGGGCACCCCCUCCCCACCUGGGCCCCCACAUGGGCCUGGGCCUGGGCCCCGGCCACCACCACCAUCACCACCACCACUUCCCGCCCAUGGCCGUGGACAGCCUGCACCACCACCACGCCAACAACCACAACAGCCACCAGCACAUGGCGCGUGUCAAGGCGGGCGUGGCGCGCACCACGUCCUCGUCCUCGGCCGCGUCCUCGUCCUCCAUCCUGUCGUCCUCGUCGGGCGGCGGCGGCGCCCACGCCAAGGCGGACGCCAGGCUGACGCCGUCCUCGGUGUCAUCCUCGGGCGGCGGCACGGGCGGCCGGGCUGCCGCCGGCAGUGAGCGCCUCACCCCGCGCCGCUUCCUGGAGAAGUACUCCCUGCCCAGGGUGGUGCGCGUGGUGGCGGAGCAGGGCAGUCGGCAGCCGCUGAGCGGCCCGCUCGCCCAGCCCCUGCUGCUGUACCGCCAGUACACCAGCUGCAAGGUACUGGCCAGGAGCCUGCGCAGGGACAAGCACGCCGCCAGCGAGACAGGCCCGCCGCUCGUCAUCCCGGACUCGUACCAGGGUUGGUUUUCGCUCGUGCGAGAGCGAAGUCUCCAGACCCGCGCCAAGGUGUACACGACGAUCCAGCAGCUGGUGAGCGCGCGGGUGGCCGUCUUCCUCAGCAAGGGCUCGCUCACCGGCUUCAAGCUCGCCCACUCGCCGUCGCCCGGUGUGGACGGUGACGGCGGACUGUCGGGGCGGCGCCUGCAGUACGCGCGCAGCACGGUGCGCGGCGGCCAGGUGCUCCGCCUGCUGGCGGUCUUCGAGGACAACGAGGCCGGCUGCUCUUCCGCGAGGUCCCGCAGGGGCCCCGGAGGCCCCGGUGGACUGGGCGCCAGCGGCCUAGGGAGUCGGGGCUCCGGCCUGGGCCGGGCCCUGCCCCUGAGCAGGAUGGGCGGCGGCCAGCCCACGCAGUACGCGCAGUGCCUCACCGCCAGGAACGAGUCCGUGUUCGUGCCCGUCUCCGCCGCUGGCUCCUUCUACGCCGUGGCAACGGACGACGUCGUCGACGGAGACGCGGACCAUGGCGAAGUCGACGUGGACGUCGACCUCUCCCGGGUGUACCAGUUACCACAGUUACUCCGGCUGACGGCCGAGCCCCUGCCCGUCAAGGUGCAAUUGGUGUGCGGCCCCAUCCAGAGCCCGCUGCCGGGAGGCUUCUCGGGCCUGCUGGUGCUGGAGGACUUGCAGCAAGAGGACGUGAUCCUCGCUUGCACGUUACCUCGGUCUUGGGCGAUGCCCUGCGCACCCAGCUCAACCACCAACUCUACCACUGCCAGUGGUGACACACCAACCAGCCCUAGCCCCACUCCAACCCCCAUCCCUACCGCGACCAACACCACCUCUUCGUCGUCGUCGUCAUCAUCUCCGCCACCGGAGGACAGCAACGCCAAGCCCGUGUUCCUGGAGAUGGACGCGGACUCCAAGUUUCUGCUCAUGCGCCCAUUGGCGAGCCGCGAGGCAGAGGCGCGCUUCUUCAAGACGCCGUUGUUGCGGAGGGUGCUCGCGCACUGUCGGGAGCGUGCGGACCUAUGGUCCAGCCAGAUCAAGGUCACCCACCACGUGUUCCCAGCCGUGGCGGGUGACACCACCACCGCCUCCACACCCACCACGCCCAGUCCGAUCACCCCCUCGGUAGUCGCCUCGACCACCUCUGGCGGCAGCACCAGAUCGCCGUCAGAGAAUGGGUCGCGGGCCAUCCACGCCCUCUUCAGGGUCAAAGAAGGCUCCGCACUGAGUGGCAAGGCGUCCUCGCUGUCCUCGGGUGGCACCAAGAAGUCGCAGUCCUUCAGGUACGCGUCCCCGGCUAUGAUGGGCUCGAGUAGCGGCAGCAGUGCGGGUGGGGGGAAGCCUCCUAGCGGCGCCUCCUCCGCCGCCACCUCCGCGACAAACGCGACGGGGGCGGCGGGCCGCGGCACGCAUCGCGGAACCCACCACCUGCUGCAACAGCUGCAGAGCCUCUCCGGCAUCAAGAACCUCCUCCGCCGCUCGAGCAGCGUGUCGCCGCAGAGCCCUCCGCCACCGGACGUGCCGCUGUCCGUAGUAUUUCCAGAGCUGUUCGGUCUGGCAGCCCCUAGCGCCUCGGAGGAUGGGGAGGUCAUCGCGGCCGGCAGUGCGAACGGGGUUGGGCCGGAGGCUGGCGUCCCCGGGGUCACGUCCAUCGCCGUCAAGCACGUCGCCAUCCCGGCAGUGGGUGUGCCGCCCCGGCAGCAGCAAUCUAGCGCACCACCCCAGCAGCAGCUGCGCUUCUACGCGGACGAGCUGCCCUACGGCAGAGUCGCCGACGCACUGCCAAGCGCGCUGCCCACCAGGCCACCAGUCCCGCGGGGGCCCAAGUCCGCUGUCGCCCGAGGGCACACCCCACUGCGGAGGGGGCGCGGUCGGUCCCUCUACGACGAGGCGGAAGAAGAAGAGGAUGAUGACGAAGAUGAGGAUGACGAAGAGGAGGAGGAGGAGGUUCGAGGCGUCCGCCGACGUAGCAAUAAGGACCAUGACGACGAGGAGAACAUCUACGCCGAGAUCUGCGAGUGUCCGCGUCGGAGACGGGGAGUUGUGGUCUCGGGGGCCAGGGUCAUCCUGACUACUGCGUGCUCUGAAGAGCGGCGUGGCUAUUACACGUUCGCCUCCGCCACGAGUAAGGAUCAGUACUACACGGGGGGCAGCGACGGCACCUUCUCGGGGACCAUGUCCUCUUCAAACCCCUCCAACCCAGAGGAAGACAUAUACGAUAACGUGUGCUGAGACUGAGGGCGGGUCCUGCGAGGGCGCCCUCCAAACCGUUGUGCGUUCUUCUUUAAAACACUAUGCAGGUUGAAGCCUAUCUUUGUUGUAAGGUGCUACGCUGAAACUAUUUUGGAGAUGCUCGACGCACAAGUAAUGUGAUUCCCCAGCCGAAGUCCUGUAAAUAUUAUUAUAAACGAGACAUAAAUGUCUUCCAAAUAAUGUUGUGUGUGGGAUUUUGUGACUGGAUGACUUUUACCAUGUACAUAAAUACAGUAAAUAAAACAAAAUUUGUA